CAGACAGGGUGGCCCUGCCUGUCACCUUCUUCUUCAGACUCAGUGUUGUCCUUGGAGAACUCAGCAGGGAGGACUAACAAGACCGGAGUUAGUUGGCUCAGCCUCUCAUUGGCUCUGGCUCCACCUACUGUUGGGCUCCCAGCCUUCCGCCCCACCUCCAGACCCAAUGGGCACCAGCCAUCGCUGCUUAGAGGCUUAAACCUAUAUAAAAAGGUAUAAGAUGGAGAUCUUGGGUGAAUUUGACAACGAAUCCCCGCUCUACGUCUCUUUCUGCAAGCGGAUUUCCCCAGAAGACUUUGAGAAGCAGUCCUUGACAUACACCCAGAAAUCCCUGCAGGAUCUUUACACCAAAAUGGAGCAGAACCCAGGGAUCUGCGAGUCGAUUGUACGGAAGAGGAAACAACUGGAAAAUAAGGACGCUGGCUUGGCCUCCUACCUGAAGGCCAAGUUCUCUUCACUGUUUAGCAGCAGCAACCCAAUGGAGAUGGAGGACAUCCAAGAAGAAGUGGAGCAGCUGAAGCGAGAGAUGCAGAAGGCCAGCAGCUACGCUUUUGCUGCCAAGAGGGCUUCGCAGGGGCCUUGGGAGAGAAGGGGAAGGAAGAGCAUCCCAGUGGGGAAAUUCGGCCCCAGCCACACCAGACUUCCCGAGCCAGCAACCAUUCCAUCCAUGCCCAAAAUCUUUGGCCCGUACCCAAAGCAGACAGAGAGAUCGACGGGUUCUUUGAACAUGGACUUGAAGCAGCCCUGGGGGGGCAUGUCACCGGUCAACCAAAAGAGCUGCACGGUCAACCUGCAUCCUUUAACGCUGAACCCCAGUGGCUGCCAUCCCUCAUCCCUGGGUAGCAACUCUGUCAGCAGGCUGAAACCCUCCACUUUCCCAAGGACUACUGCCAACAGCCCAGCUGAAUCUCUCCACAGCACCAGCCCAUCCAGCCCUGCCUCUGUCCUAAACACGCUUCUGCCGGCACAGCCAAGAGUCAAAAAAGAAGACAAGCAGGAUAAUGAAAAUCUGGGCCCUGGUUCCCACCCUACGGGGGCCUAGACGUCUCUUGGUGUAUCACAGGAAGAUGCUAAGCAAAAUGAAAGUUCAGUGCAUGGUC